UUGCCCCCACCCCCAUCUACGUGAGUCGCGUUCGUCCCACUUUGUCUACUCUUGCUUCGGUGGAGGCCUGGCGGCGGAGUUUUUUCUUUUUACCCCCUUUUGGUUAGCUUCUGCCGGGGGCUUCCCAAAUGGCCGUCGAAUUGAUUAACUCGGCAAGAAGCUACUUGGACGCAAGCUUUCAGGGGGCGGGUGGUGUAUCCUCGUCUUCGUCUCUUUUCCUCGUCGAUCCGGAACGGGAUUCGCUGCUGGAGAGUUGUGGCAUUUGCAGAACGAAAUUGCAGCUCAGUAGGGAGCCAAAGCUGCUGCCGUGCUUGCACUCCUUGUGCAGACAGUGUCUGCCUUCCAACCCCGCUUCGGAAUGGAUGCAGUGUCCAGUAUGCAAGCAGACGUUCCAGCUUCAUGAUGUGGUAGAGAAUUACUUUAUUCGGGACACACCAUCAUCCUCAAAGAGCAAUGGCAACAAAACAAAAGAGGUAUGCAUCUGCUGUGAGGACAAAGCAGAAGCCUCAAGCUUUUGCAUAGACUGUUCAGAAUGGCUAUGUGAUGCAUGUGUGGGUGCACAUCAGAGGGUGAAGAUUACCAAGGACCACACUGUACGACGUAGAGAUGAAGGAGCUGACUCUGCAGCAGCCACUGGUGUAACUCCAGAUCGACUGCUUUUUUGUCCAACCCAUCGGCAUGAACCCCUCAAAAUAUUUUGUGUCACGUGCGAGGUACUUACGUGCAGAGACUGUCAGCUGCAUGAUCACAAAGAUCAUAAAUACCAGUUCCUGGAAAACGCUAUUCCAGAACAACGUCUCAUUUUGGAGAAUAUUCUCAAGCAUCUCCAAGAAUGUACAUAUGGAGUAAGAAAAAGUGCCAGGAACCUUCGCAGUAUGAUUAAGGAAUUGAAGGAAGUGGAAAGACGAGUAAAAGUGGAAAUCAGGAUGGCCAUUCACAGUUUAAUGAAGGAGCUGAACAAGAGGGGAACUUUUCUAGCACAAGAAGUGCAGAAGCACACAGAGGAUCAGCAACAAAAACUGGAGCAGCAGCACUGGAGGUUAUUAAAACUGCAAAGGCACCAGGAACAUAUUCUGCGCUUUUUAUCCUGGGUGCUGAGAACAGACAAUAAUACAGCUUUGCUAUUCUAUAAAAAGAUGAUAUUCUCACAGAUCCAGCGUUCCAUGAAGCCAGGAGAAAACCCAGAGACUGCUUUGCUGAACAUACAGUUUCAAUGGGAUGUGAAUUUAUGGACAACUAAUGUUCAACAUUUUGGAAAAGUGAUCACCAAGGACUAUGCAUUCCCGGGCAGCCAUCCAGCCUUUACCAAUUCUGAAAUGGAAAGCAAAGCUACUAACGACAACACUGAAGGGCAUGUUAUUAAUAUUCCUAUGAAAAAUGCAGAUCCUUUAAAACUUCCUCUGGCAAGCUCAACUUUAAAUUUUAAAAAUGUAGCUGUAUCCAGGCCAACUAUCCUCACAAGCAAUUUACAAAGUAAAAGUGACACCUCAAAACUUGCUAGAAGUAGUUAUGAGAUGGCUACUUCAAAGGAAAGACCUCUCACGAUUUAUAGUCUCCUAACACAGCCUUCCACUACUACCACAAAACAGCCCCCUAAUUCUAAAAGUCCAUCCCAUCAAGCAUCUGUUUCCCCACAGGUUUCUCAAGUGACUCCUCAGUUCCAAGUGCCUCAAAAAACUGUGCAAGAGAACACUCCAAAGAAUUCUGCUAGUGUAUCUGAACAGAAUGAUGUUGGAAAUCAGAAAUGGAAGGCACAGGGGGAAAAUAUACCUCUGCCAAUGGCUGUCAAUCUUCAGAAAGUCAAUGCCAAUAUGCAAACCUCAUCCAAUGCAGUACAGAUUGCUAAGCCGACAACUGUCAGCAUAGCGCCUAGACAAGAAAAAGUUUGUCCUGUUACUAGUCAAGUCUGUAUUCCACCCUCGGCUAUGCAUAUCCGUGGAGUCAAUGUUGAUAGCGCAUCCAACAGGGUAGUCAGCACAUCUUUUCCUAUUCAGGUUCCAGUCAACUCCUCAAGCUCAAUCCUUCUGCCAUUGAAUACUGUCUUGCAAUCACAGCAGCAGCAGAUUGUCUUUCUUCAGCAGGUUCCAAGUCUACCCCAUAUCACUGUUCAGCAGGGAGUUGUGAGUAAUGUACCAGCAUACUUCCAACCAGUUGCUUUACCAGCAGCUCAGUCCCAAACAUCAGUGAACAACCAAUCAUUUCAAGUUAUUUCCACAAGUGAAAAAAUGUGUCAACAAAAACCUAUGGUAGAGACCCCAAAUACUCAUGUUAUGAGGCAGUCUGCGAUACCCCAAGUUAAUGAUUUUCUAUUAAGCUCCCUGAAGACUUUGCCACAUCCUAGUCAUAUAAAUCAAACUUCCCAGCUCCCUGUGUUAAAGAGUACAGUCCAACCUUCGUUUGCCACUAGUCAAGCUCAGCCCAGUCAGUCCCAUCAGAUUGUCCACGUCAAUGCAGCAAGGAAUCCUGGGACGACAUUGUUGCUUACAUCAGGAAUGGUGCUAACGUCAUCUCCCCAGAGUUUAGCAACCAAUCAACAGAUAUCAAGCCAAGUGACAAACUCUGCAGAGAACACAUCUGAUACAGGAAAUUACAAGGAUCAUCCACUAGCCAGAUCACAGUAUCCAAGAGUUCUGUUGACUCGAAUGAAAGUGGAUUUUAGUAAGGACUGUGAACCACCAGCAUUCCAAGUGCUGCCAGAGAAAAAUGGAUUUUCAUACCGCAUUAUCCCUUGUAAGAGCAAUACCCAGGAAAAGGUACCACACUGUGUGUCAAUUCCUGACUCCACAUCCCCUUCCUCUGAUUCAGGAAACCUCAGCAGUGGUUCAGCCAUCUCCUCAGCAGAGACCAAUGCAGUUUUUAGUCCAACACCUUUACCUUUCCCUAAGACAGCUGAGCAAAGAGACAAGGGCAGCAAAGAUGUGCAGGCAUCAAAAGAUGGAAAUGCGAAAAAAGAAGCUAAAGGACCUCGAGUAGAUGGGAGCAUGCGCUGUGCUUCUUGUCGGACCAGAGGACAGCUGUCGCUGUGCUGUGAAUGUGGAAAAGGCUUUCAUCAGGAGUGUCAUAUCCCUCCUCUUUUACGUCUGCUCAGUAGUGCCGACUGGAAGUGCAUGCUGUGUCGAGAUUUUUCUGACGUGGGGGACCAAUACAAGAGCGAGUUUACACCAGGCAAUGGGGAAACCAAAGCAGCGAGUCUGAGUCUUCCCGACCAAAGGAAAUGUGAGCACCUGCUGCUGAUGCUGUUCUGUGACAAAGCAAGUGCCUACCUCUUCAAGCCUGAUGUUCCUGCAUCUGCUCCAGAGAAGUAUACUGAUCUUACCUUGAUCCGAGGUCGUCUGCUACGAAAAAUUUCACCGCCAUAUGAAGCAGUUGAUGAUUUUAUCCGAGAUGUCUGGCUGCUGCUUGGAAAUGCGCUGAAGUACUCACAGAAUCCAGGAAUAACCAAAGUAGUAACAGACCUACAGUUGUCUUUCUCUCAGAAGCUGAUGGACGUUUUUGCUGGUAAUGUUGCCCCAGAUUUUCUAAAGCCACUUGCUUCCAAAGCUACUUUGGGAAAACGGAUUAAUGCGGAAUCUUUGUUCUGUGAUUCAGAAGAAAACUGUGCUAAGAAACUUUGUCCAUGAGGACCUUCAGCUAAGCACCGUACUGAAGCUCUGGUUAAUCAGAUCAUCACAGGGUUGCCCUCCGAAGCACUAGAGUUCCAGUGGAUUUACACCACUUCCAUUCUGCAUGGAUUACUUUUUAUAUACUUUUUUAAUGUCGUGACUUAUUUGCUCUUUGAUGGAGACAACAGUUUUCUCCUUACACGUUGAUUUUCUAUCUACUGGUUGGUAGGGUAGUGGGUUUAGCACCUCUUAUUUUUAUCUAACAUAUUUGUGUUAAAAAAACAAAAAAAACAAAACAAAAAUAAACCUACCCACAUUUGUAACUAAU